GAGUUCAAAUACAUCCAUGUUCUGCCUAAUAACUCUGGCUACAGCUCUAUCUGUUUUUUUAUUGGACAGAACAUUUAAUCCUGCCCAAUCCAGGUCAGAUACUUUACAGAGAAAGUUUGGCACUGGCAUUUAGUCCCUGAGCAGAGCUGGAGUAAUUCUUGGAGUCUUUCCAUUGUGUAUAAAGAUAAGGUAACAAUGGGUCACACUGUGCUGCUGCUGCUGCUGCUGCUGUUGAGUCUGGGUGUCUGUGCCGUACAUUGUGCCGGUGGCCACACUCUCCGAUUUCUUAUAACACAAAUAUUAUCCCCUACCCCGGGCCUGCCAAUAUAUACUGUAUAUGGGUAUAUAGAUGACUUCAAGUGUGGAAAGUACAACAGUGACACACGCAGGGUUCAGGCUUUGAUUCCACUUAAUGAGUCUCUUAUUGCCAUGCCAGAGGAUGCCCUGACUGAGCACCUGGAGACGCAGACUAAAUUUGCUCAAGAAUUGGAGAUUACUGAAAGAGACAAAAUGGAAUUUAUAAUGGGGUUUUUAAACAAGACAUAUGAUAAUGGAGGGUUCCCUGUCUACCAGAGGAGGUUUGUCUGUGAGCUGAAUGAGGAUGGUACGGCUGGUGGAUAUGAGGAGAUUGCAUAUAAUGGCAAAGAGAUUAUAGCACUGGAUAAAGAGAAGGUGGUGUAUGUGUCUGUAACGCAAGAGGCUCUGGUUAUGAUGGACCAAUGGAAUAAGCGCUUUGAUGAUGCUACUGAUAAUAAGAUCUACAUGGAGAAUGAAUGUAUCCAACAAAUGAAGUUAUAUCUCCAUUAUUUAUCAGCCUACAUGAAGAGGAAAGUUCCCCCUAAAGUGAAGGUUUCCAGCUCAGAGUCAGAGAGUGGUAUCAAACUGCACUGCUGGGUGUAUGGGUUCUACCCCCGAGAUGUGGAAGUGAAGUGGAUAAAGAAUGGGAGAGAUGAGAUUUACUCAGAGGAAUCAGCAGAGAUCCUGCCAAACCCUGAUGGCACCUAUCAGAUCAGAGUCAGUGUGGAGGUAACACCAGAGGAGGGCGCCACUUACUCCUGCCAUGUGGAUCACAGCAGUUUGGAGAAUCCCCUGGUUGUAGCAUUUGAAUCCAGUAAUAGAAGCAUGUUGUACCUCCUGAUCGGUGGGACUGCUCUUCUUGUCCUUGCCCUUUUUGCCCAGGGAAUAUUCAUAUAUAAACGGAGAAAGAGUAAAGGAUCGGAAAGCGGCCAAAACAGGAGAAACAACAUGAAUCUUGCACAACUGUAGAAAUAAAAAUGAUAGUGUUAGUGUU